CUCUUUUGUAGGUAGAUGCAGGUAUCUCGUUCUUAUUAUCAGGCCUGGCUCAACAUGGGAAGAAUUCAACUGCUCUCACUUUGGUUGAUUUUACUGUUUGCUGGACAAUUAUGGGCACAAAAAACAAAGCAAAUAUGCAUCACAGUGGAAAAUCAUGAAGUAUUAAGACUGAGAGAAAAUCGGGAAAACGUACAGACAAAGUUCAAACUAUAUGGAGAUGGGAAAGGUGAAGAUUUAUGUGAAAUUCAAACACUUCAACCAGAGACCCUAAAAAAAUGCUCCUUCAAUGCCUCACUACCUUUAGUGAUGAUAGUUCAUGGAUGGUCGCUUGAUGGCAUAUUGGAAAGUUGGAUAUGGAAAAUGGCUUCAGUUUUCAAAUCAAGAGGAAAGAUGAUCAAUGUCAUCAUUGUUGAUUGGUUGUCCCAUGCACAACAAUACUAUGCCAUAGCAGCACAAAACACUCGUCUCAUCGGUCUAGAAAUAGCAGAAUUUCUGGAAUGGCUGGAGUCUUCUGUUCAAUUUCAAAGAAGUAAUGUUCAUUUGAUUGGGUACAGCCUUGGAGCUCAUGUCUCAGGAUUUGCUGGCAGUUAUGUUAAUGGCACAAACAAGAUUGGAAGAAUUACAGGACUUGACCCAGCAGGUCCAUUGUUUGAAGGAAUGUCGCCCAUGGACCGGCUAUCCUCAGACGAUGCAGAUUUUGUUGAUGCCAUUCAUACUUUCACACAGAAGCACCUGGGUUUUAGUGUUGGGAUUAAUCAGCCUGUAGCUCAUUAUGAUUUUUACCCCAAUGGCGGACAUUUUCAGCCUGGCUGUCAUUUUCGUGACAUAUAUUCCCACCUUGCUGAGCAUGGGAUCUAUGGUUUUAGAGAAUCAGUGAAAUGUGCCCAUGAGAGGUCAGUCCAUCUGUUUAUUGAUUCUCUCUUGAAUGAUGACAAGCCGAGCAUGGCCUACUGGUGUAAGGACAUCAAUACCUUUAACAAAGGUGUCUGUCUGAACUGUCGAAAAAACCGCUGCAACACAUUAGGAUACAACAUCAAGAAAAGGGAUCUUCAUAGAAGUAGAAGGCUUUUCCUGAAAACGCGGUCACAAAUGCCAUUCAAAGUUUAUCAUUACCAAAUCAAGAUCUGCUUCAUCAAUCAACUUGAGGACAGGCAACUUGAUCCGACAUUCACAGUAUCCCUUAUAGGGACAUUAGAAGACGCAUUAAACCUGGAGAUCACACCGCUCGAUGGAAUCAAAGGAAAUAAAACUCAUUCAUUUCUUAUUACACUGGACAAAGACAUUGGUGAUCUCAUGAUGGUGAAGUUAAAGUGGGAAGGAAUAGAUGUCUGGUCUAACAUUUUGGACACAUUUCAAACAAUUAUACCUUGGGUUACAGAGGGAGAACGACCAGGAAUCCUAGUGAAGGAAAUCGGAGUCAAGGCAGGAGAAACCCAACAGAGAAUGAAAUUUUGUGCUGAAAAUGGUGUCAACUACAAACUUCUACCAAGCCAAGAAAAAACCUAUGUUAAAUGCAUGAGCAGACAAGGAAAACAGGAAAGAAAACUACUGAUGAACUGAAUCAAGAUUUCACCUAAUGAUAUUAGAUUAUA